AUGCCUACCGCCACGGAAUUCUUUGGCUUCACUGCCCUUAACUACGGUCCGCUCACAACUACUUAUACCGCUCCAGCGUCAUGCGCUACGAAGAUAAAUUAUCCUCUCAUCGUCAACGCAACUUCACCCUACCCGAUUGUCGCUCUUCCCGUUUGUACGGCAGAGCCCUACGGCGAUUGUCUUCCUAGUUAUAAAGAAUUGGAAUCUAGUGACCUGCAAACUUCCACCUUCUUUCAAGGCACUUUGGCAUAUUAUUCCCCAGGUAUUGCCUGUCCUGCGGGCUGGGAGACUGUCGGGCUACUGGCCCACGAUGAGGGUAGCAAAUUCAGCGCGUCAGGUGUUCUGGCGACACCGGCCAUGACGUACUCUGGAAUGCCUCGAGCGGUUGAGGUUACCGAGUUCUGGAAGAACAUAUUGGAUACAUCCGAGACACUUGCAUACUGCUGUCCCAGUGGUUAUCAAGGUGACGAGCGCCGAGGUUGUAUGUCUACACUUGGCCCAGUUGCCUCUUACACGUACUCGAAGCACUGUUCAAUGUAUGGUCAUGGUGACAAAUUGACGAUUAUUUCAUCCGUGGAGGGCCUGACAUACUCGGAAGGGGUAAUAUCGCGUUUGGAACCCACUCGGGCCCUGGCUUACACUACGACCAUGGUGGACUUGGAAGAAGUUGUUGGAGAGGCUGAAAACGGUUUUGGUGAUCUCAUGGUUGCGACUUGGGUACCUGUGGUGCCUUUGGUCUACAAGCAGUCAGAUAUGGAAAAGAAAGAGGAAGACAGCGACGAGAGUGGUACUAGAACCGCAACUGCCACUGGCGAAGGCGGCAACGAGAAUGCUGCUUCUAGUCCUCCGAGACAAGGCCUGGUUAGUACACUUGGGUUAAUGCUAGGAGUCUUGGUGUGUACGGGUAUGCUCUGCUCUUAA